CACGUGGCGAGUUCGAGUGACAAUGGCUCGGGGAACGAUGUGCUUGCUGGCGCUGCUGGCGACGCUACUGGUGGUGGCGAGCUGGUCUACAGUGGACGUUGAAGCCAAGAAGAGUCGCAAGGAAAAGGAUUCUCCACUCAAGGGCAGCGAGAAGCUGGCCCAGCUGCAGGGCCGCGUGCGCGACGGUGUGAUCCCGUUUACGAGCGAACUCUUCGGACGCUACGCCGUGCGACCGGACCGUCCGUACCACUUGGUGCUUCUGUUUACAGCUACGGCCGCAAAGUACAAGUGCGAGACGUGUGCACAGGUAUCUCCCGAGUUUGAGAUUCUGGGCGAGAGCUACGAGGCUGCCAAGCAGGUCAAAGUGGACACUCGUGAUGGGCACGAGGUCUUUUUCGGUAUCGUGGACUUUGAGACCAACCAGGACGCUUUCGGCAUGUACGAGUUCACAUCUGCCCCUCACGUGGUGUACGUGGCGCCCGACCGCUCCAUCGACGCCGGCGACCGCAUGCCUAAGAAGUCCAAAGUGGAGCCCCACAACCUCUACAACGUCUACUCGCAGGGCAAAGAGGCCGAGUCCAUGGCCACUUUUGUGAAGCAACGUACGGGCUUUGAGUUCGCUAUCCAGAGAUCCAAGACGUUCCUCUACGUGCUGCUCGUCGUUGCGCUGGCCUCCACCGCAUUCACGGCCAAGCUGGUGCUGUCCCACCUGGACUACGUGAUGGCCAAACUGCGUCGCAAACAGCUCUGGAUGACAGUCUCGUUGCUGUUCUACGGUCUCUCAGUCUCGGGAAUGGUGUACUGCAUCAUCCGCAACCCGCCGCCCUACACGGCCGACCGCAAGGGUAACAUCCAGUAUUUCCACCCUCAGGGUCGCCAGCAGUUCGUCUACGAGGGGCUCAUUGUUGGCGGCUACGACGUGGCCGCUGCUGUCUUCAUGAUCCUGCUGUCGCAGUGGGCGCUGUACGUGCGCAACCCCGCUGUGCGCUACCUGUCCAUCGUGGGCUGCGCUGUGGGCUUCGUGUUCAUGUACCGCCAGAUGACGAACGCCUACAAGUUCAAGAACCGCUGGUACACGGGCUGGAUGGGCUUCUAAGGCGGCACGUUACCCAAAUACCAAGGGGCACGUUGCGGUCUGUUGCAGAAGAGAAUUGCGUUCAUUUGUGCAUCACUAAAAGCUCAUUUUGAACAAGUUGUCUUUUUGUCGUC